GUACAAUAUUUCUGCAUCCUAAACAUAAAGCAAAAAUCUUCUUUGGAAUAGAUGGAUUUUGUGUCAUUUCCUGUGAACUAAAGCGAUUCAAUGUCUCUUCUGGAUUGUUUCUGCAUUUCACGAACACGAGUUGAAUCACUCAGAGCUGAAAAACAGUCUGAAACCAGUAUCCAUCAAUACUUGGUUGAUGAGCCAACCCAUUCCUGGUUGCCUUCGUCCACUAGAACCAGUGAAGUGAUCUGUUCCACCAAUGUUUCUCACUAUGAACUCCAAGUGGAAAUAGGAAGAGGAUUUGAUAACUUGACUUCUGUCCAUCUUGCACGGCAUACUCCUACAGGAACCCUGGUGACUAUAAAAAUUACAAAUCUGGAAGACUGCACUGAAGAACGCCUGAAAGCUUUACAGAAAGCAGUGAUUCUAUCCCACUUUUUCCGGCACCCCAAUAUUACAACUUACUGGACUGUUUUCACUGUUGGCAGCUGGCUUUGGGUUAUUUCUCCGUUUAUGGCCUAUGGUUCAGCAAGUCAACUCUUGAGGACUUACUUUCCUGAAGGAAUGAGUGAACCUUUAAUAAGAAACAUUCUCUUUGGAGCAGUGAGAGGGUUGAACUAUCUGCACCAGAAUGGCUGUAUUCACAGGAGUUUUAAAGCCAGCCAUAUCCUCAUUUCUGGUGAUGGCCUAGUGACCCUCUCUGGCCUGUCCCAUCUGCGUAGUCUGGUUAAGCACGGACAGAGGCAUAGGGCUGUGUAUGACUUCCCACAGUUCAGCACGUCAGUGCAGCCGUGGCUGAGUCCAGAACUCCUGAGACAGGAUUUACAUGGAUAUAAUGUGAAGUCAGAUAUUUACAGUGUUGGGAUUACAGCAUGUGAAUUGGCCAGUGGGCAGGUACCUUUCCAGGACAUGCAUAGGACUCAGAUGCUUUUACAGAAACUGAAAGGUCCUCCUUACAGCCCAUUGGAUAUCAGUAUUUUCCCUCAAUCAGAAUCGAGAAUGAAGAAUUCCCGAUCGGGUGUAGACUCUGGGAUUGGAGAAAGUGUACUUGCCUCCAGUGGAACUCGCACAGUCAAUAGUGACAGAUUGCAAACGCCAUCCUCAAAAGCUUUCUCUCCUGCCUUCUUUAGCUUGGUACAGCUCUGUUUGCAACAAGAUCCUGAGAAAAGGCCAUCAGCAAGCAGUUUAUUGUCCCAUGUUUUCUUCAAACAGCCUUAUUUUGAGUUUCUUUAACAGAUGAAAGAAGAAAGCCAGGAUUCAAUUCUUUCACUGCUGCCUCCUGCUUGUCACAAGCCAUCAACAGCACUGCCUCCAGCCUCCCCUUGGACUGAGCCAGAAUGUGACUUUCCUGAUGAGAAAGCAUCCGACUGGGAAUUCUAGGGCUGCCACGUCCUUUUAUGUCCUGUAUACUUGACAUCUUCUCCCUGCUGCUUUCCCUUCUGUAUUUCUAGGUACAAAUACUAGAAUUAUACUUGAAAAUACAGUUGGUGCACUGGAGAAUCUGUCAUUUCAAACCACUCUAUUCAAAGGACCACAGGUGUAUAGCCCUUUGGUCACCUCAGAGUGUUGUUAUAACUCCAGAGAAACUUCGGAAUUAUUCAUCUAGCUACAUUUAGUGUCAUCUGUUCUCAAGUUUUUCCCCAAGCUGUGACUGACUCCUCUCCGUGAUCUCUCACUAUUGAGCCAGUUGAUUGUUUCGGCAUUUUGCUGCCCUCAGGGGAAUGAGCCCUCAGAGGACAGUGCCUCCAGGUACAUUUUUUACCUCCAGGUUCUCUAGCCUUUUUGAUCAGCUAUUGUUAGACCAACAGGCUAGUUUAUCCUGGCAUCAAACCCUUUUUUGGUAGAAGGGAAAAUGUUUAUACUUACCCAUUUUUUUCUGUUAAUACUUAUGGUAAUAUCAAACUGAGCCUCACAUUAAAUGAUUCACUUGAAAUAUAUACAGAAGUUGUAAUUUGCUUUUUUUAUUGUUAAGGCUAAAGUAACACUUUCCUACUUAAAUUAUAGAUCUUAAAUUCAUGCACCCCGUGGGAGCUCAAUAAAGAUUUUUUAAAUUGA